GUUUUUACAGACUGACUUCAGGAACCACUGCCCAGGCACAAAAGCAGGAACCUGGUCCACCAGGCUCCUCCCUCUUACAUCAGCAGCCUUAUUUCGCUGUGUUUAAAACACUUCCCCAAGUAGCCUUCACCAUGAGAAGCAGACACAGCCUUGCCUACAGCCCCACUUCAGACUCCAACACGCAUCUGAGAGCAAAGACACGGACGGUCUCAGGGACUACAAGAGGCACCGCGUGCCCUCGUCAUGCACAGCCCUCCCCACUUGGCCCACUCACCUCCCUCCAGGCUACUGGUGCUGCUCCUUGUCCUCUCAGGAGUCUCUGAGCGGAGCAAAGGGAAUGAGUGGCAGGUGCUGCAACCUGAGGGUCCCAUGCUGGUGGCAGAAGGUGAGACACUCCUACUGAGAUGUACAACGAUCGGCUCCUGCCUUGAUGCCAUGAUAAAAUGGGUCAAGGUGAGCAGUCAGGACCAGCAAGAAAUUUAUAAUUUCAAACAUGGCUCUUUCCCUGGGAUGACACCCAUGAUCCAGCAGACGUUAGAGCCACUUAGUUGCGACUAUUCCAUCUAUAUUUAUAAUGUCACCAAGGACCAGGAAGGAACCUACCACUGUGUGAGGUCUGAUGGCUUGAGUGAGCACUCAGAAAUGCAGCUGGAUGAAGGCACCUCAGUGCUUGUGAAGGGAGCUGGGGACCUGGAGCCAAACCUCUGGAUCAUCCAGCCCCAGGAGCUGGUGUGGGCAGCUCCCGGAGACACUGUCCUCCUGAACUGCACCGUGCAUGGAGAGGGUCCUCCCGGGCCCAUCCGGUGGUUCCGGGGCACUGGUCUGAGCCGUGAAGCCAUUUACAACUUCGGAGGCCUCUCCCAGCCCAAUGUGACUGCGGUCCAGGCCUCCAGCAGCGAUUUCAGCAUUCUUCUGCAAGGUGUCUCUCCUGAGUAUGCGGGCACCUACUACUGUGUAAAGUUCCAGAGGAAGCUUAACCGGCAAUACCUAUCUGGACAGGGCACCAGGCUGCAGGUGAAAGCAGAGCCCACUUCUUCCCAAGAGGCAGAAGUCACCAAUCACCAUGUGGCCAGGAGAUCUCUGUCAGGCCUCCUGUUGGUGCUCACAGCUGUGGUCCUGGGACUGAAGGCAGUGACCCUGACUGCACUCCUGCUGGCCCUGGCUGGCCCUGGACAAAAAAAGCUAUGCUCAUCUUAGCCUGGGGCAUGGGGCAUGGGGCAUGGAUGAGGGGUUAGCUCCAGAUGGUGCUCUGAGUCGGAGAGGGGCCAGGACUCCCUAACCAUUUCUUUGCCUCCAAUCCCAGCCUCCAGAUGUCCCCCAGGACUCGUGAGAAACUCCAGUAUCCGUACACCUGGUUCCAGUUCACCCGGUGAAAUACCCCAUUGGCACUGGGCUCCCCUCGGAUGUGCUUUCCUCUCUCUUCUCAGCCCUUCUCCUAGCAUAAGGCACACCAUCUGGCCCACACCAAUAAGACACAGGUUGUUUAUUACUGGCUAUAUAAGUACUGGACCUUCUUCAGUAGACGUCUCCUGCCUCAUAAGGCAAGGACUCCACUUCGCUCCAUAAGAUGAGCCCCUGACUGAUGCUCUGCUGUGUGAGCCUGAACCAACUGCAGCCGCCUGUCUGACUCUGUCUUUAUAGUCCAUCUUUCGGUGUGCAUCACCAGGUGGCCUUUGCCAGAGCCUAGGACCCCCUAGGAAUAGGUAAAUAAACCUUGCGUGAUUGCAUACUAA